AAAAGAAUUAAGUCCUCUGGCCACCAAAGUAACAUGGAGAUUAUCCUUCAAAAGAAAGCUUAGCUGACCACGUGGACUUGCGUAACGAUUCUUCGCCGGCCGAUGUAGAAUGGGCUGCGCCCAAAAAAGCCCCAAAAAAUAAAAUAAAGCAAAGUCACAUCUCUGCAGGCAUUCCUUAAUGGAUUCCAAUUACCAGAAGCCCCUCAGAAUCUACCUGGUCUCAUCACCCGACUCACCCGAGUUCAGUCACUUGUCUCGGGCGCUAACUCGGUCCAAUCUCAUAGCAUUCGAUGCAGAGUGGAAGCCCAUUCGUUCACACCAGCACAAUUUUCCCAUCGUCUCACUCCUUCAACUCGCUUGUCAAUUCGAUCGCAGACUUUGCUCGGACUCGGACGAGUUGAACGAGUCAGCAGCUUUUUUACUCGACCUGUCCUCAAUUCCUCUAUCGUCAAUAUGGAAAUUGUUAAAGGAGGUGUUUGUUUCCCCAGAUGUGUUGAAAUUAGGGUUUAAAUUUAAGCAAGAUCUGAUUUACUUGUCGUCUACUUUCUGUUUACAAGGAUGUGAACCAGGGUUUGAUAGGGUGGAGCCCUAUUUAGACAUCGCGAGUAUAUAUAACUAUCUGCAACAUAAGCAACAUGGGAGGAAGUUACCAAAGGAAACCAAGAGUUUGGCAACUAUUUGCAAGGAAGUAUUAGGCAUUUCUCUUUCAAAGGAACUUCAAUGUAGUGAUUGGUCACGUCGUCCUCUUACAGAAGAGCAGAAAGCUUAUGCUGCUACAGAUGCUCACUGCUUGCUUGAAAUAUUUAAUAGCUUCCAGGAUAAAGUUUCUCAGGAAGGGAAUUCUUUUAGCAACAUUGCUGAACUACAUUCUUUUGAUUUGGAUCGCGGGUUGAAAGAAAUCCUUGAGAAUCCUGAAGUUGGGAAUAAAAUCAUCACAACAAGAGUUUGUGAUGCUCUGGACAUGGUUCGAGCCACUGCUUCUUUUCAAUAUUCUCAGCAUGCAGCUGACGGUGUGAAUUGCAGAAUUUCACAUAGAACUAGGAUGCCUUUGGAUGAAUCCUUCUCGAAGAUGGUAAGGAAGUAUGGUGAAAAACUUCUGUUGAGAGAAUCAGAUAGAGCACCAAAAAUGUCCAAAAAGAAAGGCAAAAGACAGUCGUCUGCGGGUGUGAUAUUGAAAGGAAAACAGUUGGACAAUAUUGGUGAUUGGCAAGGUCCCCCACCAUGGGAUUUGUCUUUGGGAGGAAAUGGGUGCCCUAAAUUUCUAUGUGAUGUGAUGGUUGAAGGAUUGGCUAAACAUUUACGCUGCGUGGGGAUAGAUGCUGCAAUACCAAAUUCUAAAAAGCCAGAAUCUAGGGAGUUGAUAGAUCAAGCAUACAAAGAAAAGAGAGUACUUUUGACGCGAGAUGCCAAGCUGUUGAAGCAUCAAUAUCUGAUAAAGAAUCAAAUAUAUCGGGUGAAGAGCCUUUUGAAAAAUGAACAGCUACUUGAGGUUAUUGAAACAUUCCAGUUGAAAAUUAGUGAGGAUCAGCUGAUGUCAAGGUGUACUAAAUGCAAUGGAAGGUUUAUUCAAAAACCGUUAUCAAUGGAAGAGGCUGUUGAGGCUGCAAAGGGUUUUCAGAGAAUACCUGACUGCUUGUUUGACAAGAAUUUAGAGUUCUGGCAAUGCAUAGAUUGCCACCAACUUUACUGGGAGGGAACCCAGUAUCACAAUGCAGUUCAGAAGUUCAUCAACGUCUGCAAGUUGAGUGAAUGACUUGAAGGUAAUAAGCAUUGUUCACCAAGUGGCACUCGAGUUUUGAAUUAACCAAUUUAGGUUGCAUUAAGGCUAUCUAAGUAUGAAAUAAUGUCUUCAGUUGACUGAUUUGUUACGGAAAACCCAAGCCUAUGAUUACAUUAUUAAUUCAUUGAUUUUUCGUUAUGGAUGAUUUGCACUCAUCUUUUAAGAGGUUCCUUGAGUGCAACUCAAGCCUGGUUAUGCAUUAAGACCCUGUACACAGUUUGCAGUUUUUUGGGUUAUAAUUUUUUUACCAGUAAAGCUGAGGGUUAAUACACAGGGCUUGGUGUCAUUAAGGGCAAAAUUUUUUUUACCAUUUAUGUUGUACUUCAGAUUCCAGCUCCUGGUAAUUGCAGUUGCACAUGUAAAAUAUCAGUGAAAGGAAGUGUUUACAAAUUUAUGGAGAGAAAGUUUUUCAUGCACA